CAAACCCACCCAGGGCAUUCAGGCAUACUUUUCACUUCCUGAGGAAAAUGGCUCCCAUGUUUGUUCCGCUGCCCGUGGGAAAAUAACACACUGACUGUUCUCGGUGCCGAGAACACCGUUCCGGAUUUCAGCUCUUCCCACCUACAGGCCCCCACCCUGCAACUCAGGGCUAUAAAGGGAGCCCUGCUGCCAGCCCCGGGACCUCCUCAGACAGCUGUCCCCUUGGUGACAUGAAGCCAUCCCUCUCUGUAUUCCCCAGCUUCCUCCUUGUGGCUCUGCUGUUUCCAGGACUAUCUGGAGCCAGAAAUGAGGACCUUCAAGGCACUGAGGGUCCCAGAGAACCCAGGGAAGAGUCUCCUGGACAAGGAACAAACGGGUCUCAUUUGUUACACCACCAAGAGAAACGCCACAUCUUACCGCGUACUCCCCCUUAUGAGGAACCGGAACCGGAUUUCAAAGUGGUCAACUGCAAGAAAAGUGAAGGCUACUGUCAAGAAUACUGUAAUUAUAUGGAAACACAAGUGGGUUACUGCUUUAAAAAGAAAUACGCCUGCUGUUUACAUCAGAACUGA